AUGACCCAAUCGAGCCGGCUAUCGCGGUUCGUCCCUGUUAUGGCCUCGCUCGUGGCGCUUGGCGGAGGCCGAGAAAGCGUGGAUCGGCUGGUGCCGAAGACAUCACGGCUCUACACCGGCAAAGAUCCUGACAUCACCGACAUUGAGACCCUGGUGACGCGCAAGGGAUACCCAUUCGAACGUCACAGUGUGGUCACCGACGACGGCUACGUCAUCGAGAUGCACCGCAUACCCUGGGGCAGGGCGGGCAAGCCCCCUGGCUCGUCUUCGAAGACACAGCCUGUCCUCCUUAUGAGCGGACUGGUCGGAGAUUCCUCAAACUACGUGUUCGAUUUUCCGGACCAAUCGCUUGGGUUCAUAAUGGCGGACAAGCAGUACGAUGUCUGGAUCGGAAACGUGCGUGGAAACAGCUACGGCAAGGUGCACAAAAAACUCAAGGUCCGCUCUAAGGCAUUCUGGAACUUCUCCUUUCACGAACACGCCGUGCUGGACCUUCCGGCUCAGAUUGACUACGUGCUUCGAGCUACGGAGCGGCAGGAUAUUCCUUACGUGGCUGUAUCACAAGGCACGCUCAUGCUAUUCGCCAUGCUCUCCGAAAGGCCCGAAUACAACCGAAAGAGCCGGUGCAACUACGCAGCUGCUGCCGGAGCCAUGCAGCCCAUGCAACCCACCAUGCAACCAUGCAACCCACCAUGGGCCUUUCGGCUGACGGAAGAUGGCCGGUGUCAGAAGUGGGUGGGAUUCAUCUUCGCUGAUCCCGUGCUUGCAUCCUCGUGA